AUGAGCACCUCGCAAUCGGAGUCUGACCAGAGUGUGUUUGAAGGGAACGGAGCCACGAGGCGGAUCAGCUCUGCUGUCGGCGGAAUUGGAAGGAAGAAGUUUGCCUGUGUGGAAUGUCGGCAGCAGAAGUCUAAGUGCGAUGCUCAUGAGAGAGCACCCAAACCGUGCACUAAGUGCGCGAAGAAGGGUGUGCCCUGUAUCCUGAAGAAGGAUUUCAGACGGACUUAUAAACGUGCUAGAAACGAAGCCAUCGAGAAGAGAUUCAAGGAACUGACGCGGACGCUUACAAACUUGAGCUCAGAGGAGAUACUGAAGAGGAUCGAACAGGAACAGCAGGCGCUGCUGAACGGACAGAAUUUUACCAAAGAGAAGGUUAAGCAUUUGAAGAGAACAGUGCCGUCCGAGUCCAGCGCUCUCUACGCCGUCUCUCCUUUGGUCAUAGAGGGCUCGAGCAAUGACGAUGCUGCAUUCGCAGAUAGGAGCAAUGCCGAGGCUGCAGCGCCCUCGGAUGUCCUUACCGAGGAGCAGUUGAAGUGCUCGCCCAAGAGUCUUGGCGAUAUUCACAUGUCAAGUAGAGACAUCGCUGAACUGUUCCAGGAGUUUGUCACGAAAUAUCACCCGUUUCUGCCUGUGGUGGACAUCUCCAAAGGCGCCGAACGCAUCUACACCCUGUCGCCUUGCUUAUUUUGGGUAAUAUUGCUGAUUGGCUUGCGUCGGAGAUUUGGGGCGACAGAUCUUAUGAUCAGACUUUCGAGCUUGGUUAAAUCGAUACUGGCUGAGAUCACAAUAUCGCCCAUAAUACGAUAUACGCCAUCGGAGGCAGACGAGCCGGUGCUGAACGUGGCAUCUGUUUACUCCGUUCAAGCAUUUUUACUAUACACCUUUUGGCCGCCUUUGACCUCAUCCCUGAGCGCGGACACUUCGUGGAAUACCAUUGGAACUGCUAUGUUUCAAGCGAUUAGAGUGGGGCUAAACUGUGCUGAGUUCUCAAAAGAAUAUGCCACGGCCAAUUCCGAACUCAUAAACGAGCAGGUUAGAACAUGGGUUUGUUGUAAUGUUGUCUCGCAAAUAAUCGCAUCCUCCUUUGGGUUCCCAGCGUACGUAUCCUUUGACCACACGGUGGUUAAUGCAGCGAGGGAGAACCAAGACAGUCAUAAACAUCAUAGGAUGCCGAGUGCUAUUAAACAAAUGGCACAAAUUGCACAUUUUGAGUAUCAAGUUAUCAGCACGAUGAAUAGUAAUCCGGCUAGUGAACUUGGAAUGGUAGCCAGCGAGCAGAAGCAGCCGCUAUUGCAGGUUCUCAAUCAGCAGCUGACUCAGUUGGAGGCAAACUUGAGAGAUAGCAAAAUGGACAGCAUCGGAAAAUUUUUACUGCUAGUUGCCAAAGUUCAUCUAUUAACUUAUUAUUUUACAGAUUCUUUGUCGUCGCUGAAGAAGGACUUUACAGACGUUCGAUUGAUGUCGCUGUCAGAAAUCGAGUCUAACUUUGAGACGAAACGGGGACUGGUUAGAGUCUAUAACGCAGCCAUCGAUCUUCUCAACCAUUCUACUUCCAUGUGGCAAAGAGACCCCACCAUAAUAAAGUAUUUUCCAGGGGUAUUUGUUCUGAAUAUCUGGCAGUCCGCCUGUAUUAUUAGUAAACUAGCACAUUCAUCUCUUUCGGCGGUUUUGGAUAGGGACAGAGGCAAGAAAGCGUACCAGGAUGCCAUUUCGCUUACUUUCAACGCGUCUGUACUAAAACACGACAUGGCCUACAGGUCAUCUGCAAUUAUGAGAAGCAUAUGGAGCAUGUUUGCCAACAUGCACGCCGACUGGCAAAAGGGUAAGGACAGUCGGGAGGAAAAGGUUGCCAGUGACUUCAAUUUAGGAAUAAGCAUCAAGUCCAGAAUGUCUGUCAGUGUGUUCUUUGACAGCCUUUCCAUACUCAGAGAGAAAUGUGGGAUGGCCAAAGUUAGAAGAGAAGCAGUUAAUGAUGAGGAUUACGAAGAAGAUGACGAUGAAGACGAGCCCCUAAGAAGGUCAGAAGAGCAUGAUAGCGCACCGACGCGAACGUCGAGUCGCGAGAGAAGGUUGUCCACGGUCAGACAUCCCGAAGAGAGCGCUAGAAAAAUCAUCAAGACAAUUCCGCUGGAUCCCAACCCCAUCAAUGCCGCUCAUGGCAGUCCCGGCAGCAGUCUGACUUCACCUAGCAGCCAGGCGACGGAGGUUUUAUCCCUCAACGGAAUAUUGAGCAACAGGUCGCCCAGGGACCGCCUCGAUUCAAGCCUAUUCACGGGACCUGACACCACUGCGUCUCACGCUUUGGAGCCCCGCGGGGGACCUCCGGUGCCGUCUCUAUUCAGCCCACCACAGCAUUCCACGGAAACCGCACAAGACGGCCCCGAUAAUCAAGCAUUUGACGAUCAAGCUCCACCUAAACAGGACGAUGAUACUCUCCCGCAGUCCCCGCCUUUCCUAAUGGAGCACUGGGACAACUGGGAAUCGGACUCAGUCUGGAAAGAUGUCGACAUCCUUAUGAAUGAGUUUGCCUUCAACCCGACAGUCUGA